AUGGAUCAAAAGACGUCAUCUUUCAUAAAUGAAAAGCUGUUCACUGAAGUAAAACCCGUACUUUUUACGGAUUUAAUUCACCACUUGAAGAUCAGCCCAUCAAUGGCCAAGAAAUUGAUGUUUGACUAUUACAAACAAACCACCAAUGCCAAAUACAACUGUGUAGUUAUGUGCUGCUAUAAAGACCAAACAAUUAAGAUUAUACAUGAUGUUGCCAAUAUUCCACCGAAAGAUUCAAUAAUCGAUUGCUUCAUCUAUGCUUUCAACCCGAUGAACAGUUUCAUACCAUAUUACAACAUCAUCGAUCAGAAGGAUUGUUUAACCAUCAAAAAUUCAUACGAACUCAAAGUUUCUGAAACACCGAAAGUUGUAGAGAGAACCAAGACUUUAGAAGAGAAGUCUAAACCUUUGGUGAGGCCCACAGCAAGAUCGAAAACUACGCCAGAAGAAGCAACCGGAAAGAAAUCCAAAUCCAAAGACAUGGGUCUCAGGUCCACUGCACUGUUGGCUAAGAUGAAAAAGGAUAGAGAUGACAAGGAAAUCUCUAGGCAAAAUGAACUACGUAAAAGGAGAGAGGAGAAUAUGCAAAAGGUAAAUAAAAAGAACCCCGAAAGGGAAGCUCAAAUGAAGGAGUUAAAUAACCUUUUUGUUGAAGAUGACCUAGAUGGUGUAGAAAAAGUGGGUGAACGGUCCCACCCUAACUCACCUGAAAAAGAUAUCAGCGAUGACAAGGACAGAAACAACGAUAUUUUGGAGGACUUGUUAGAAACGACUGCAGAUGAUUCACUCAUGGACGUACCCAAAGUACAGCAACCAACGCCUUCUGAGAUAGAAGAUUCAAAAGAACCUAAAUCUGAAGAAGAACGUUCCUCAUUUAUCGAUGAAGACGGGUAUAUUGUUACAAAGAGGCCCGCAACUUCUACACCACCACGCAAACCAUCACCAGUGGUCAAAAGGGCAUUGUCUUCUUCAAAACAACAAGAAACGCCGUCAUCGAACAAAAGACUAAAAAAGCAAGGGACGUUAGAAAGCUUUUUCAAAAGAAAAGCUAAGUAA